AAAACGUGCUCGGUGUUCUAAUUUUUUUUUUCGUCUUAAUUUUCUGACAUAAAACAAAGCAAUUCCAAGCAAAAUGUCGUCAACAUUAAUGGAUGAGGAUCCCCUUUUCACGUCGUUGUGCAGUUCAAAGACCGUGCAAGCAGACGAUAGUGGAUUUUUCUACAACUUUUUCACAAGUGUCGAGGAAAAUUUCCCGUCGAAAACAUGGCUCAAGGAUUAUUAUGCGAGAUUACCGAACGAUAAAGAGAAGUUAAGAGUACUUUACACGGAUCCAGCAAUUUGCGAUACCGUUCUUGGAACACUUGAGCAUGUAAAACCAGUUUUCCGACAAAAAGAUGCGAAAUUUUCCUUACAUAAAAGAGAAGAAGCGCAUGAACUUAUGCGACAAGGGAAAUUGCAACAGGCUUUGAUUGUGGCCUCACAAGCAGUGUUGCGGGCUCCUAAAAAGAAUGAAAACAUGACGGUCGAUCAUGGUUUGAGUCUUGCAUUUGCUUUCUGGAUUCGUGGAGAGAUUUUCAUUGAAAUGCUAGAUGGCGCAUUGGCUUUGAAGGACUUUCAAUUAUCUGCAAAGUAUGGCGUGCCUGCAAGUCAAAAUCCAAAAUAUUACUUGAGAUUGGCCAAAUGCUACAAAUUGCUAGGAGAUGAGAAAAAGUUACAAGUGACAUUGAAUGUCUUCAGAAAUCUUAACGGAGGAGAUUCGUUUGAGGAGCAGAAACUCAUGGACGAGUUGAAAGAUUUAGAAGCUCGGUUGCUUUCGAAGGGCAAAGACAAAUUUUUAAAGGAACAGACUUUCAAGAAGCCCGUAAUCGUUGGUAAGCCCAGUGAAAAGCUUCCAGGUGCCUCAGAUUUCCUCGAUAUCACUGAUUCAAAUGACAAGCGCACCGGUAAAUUCGUUGUCGCCAAAAAGAACAUCCCCGCUGGCGAAACACUUCACGUCGAAAAAGCCUUUGCGGCUCGCUUGUAUCCUCGUAACUUUGGAUCUCACUGUUCCGUUUGUUUUGCCCGGCUCACUGCUGCUGUUGGUUGUCUGGAUUGCGCUGGCUUGGCAUUUUGUUCAGUGGAAUGUCGCGAUAUAGCUUGCGACACCUUCCACAAAUACGAAUGCCAAUAUUUGAAUCUCAUGAUCGGAUCGGGAAUGUCAAUUCUGUGUUUCAUAACAAUGAGAAUCAUAUUGGAAGGAAAAACCCCUGCUGGAGCCAUCACACGAGCAAAAGGACUUUUGGAUAAACUCUGUGCCCACUCUGACAUUCGCGAUCCCGAAGAUUAUUUCCAACGUGCUUUGAUGGCGACGUUCUUGUUGCGUAUCUUACAAAAAGCUGGUUUCUUCGGACGUCGUUUGACGGAGGCUUCGGAACCCACGGAGCAGGAAUUGGAAGUUGGUGCUGUUAUGUUACAGUUACUUCAGGCAUUGCAGUUCAAUGCUCACGAUAUUUACGGCACAAAACUCUCAGGCAAGCAUCGUUUCGACGAUUCAAAAGUCCAAAGUUUGGGUGUUGGAAUUUAUCAAACUGCGGCAAUGUUUAAUCACGAAUGUUAUCCUGCAAUUACGCGAUAUUUUCAAGGCACGGAUAUCAUUUUGACAUCAAUUCGUCCACUGAAACCGGGAGAUAUCGCUUCGGAGAAUUACGGACCGCAGUUCUCGAAAUUGGGACUGAAAGAGCGUCAACGUUUACUUCGCAGUCGUUACUGGUUCAAAUGCGAAUGCAAGCCAUGUGUGGAAGAUUGGCCACUAGACAAAAAUUUAACAAACUAUGCACGUUUAAAGUGUCCCACAGAUCAUUGCAGUCACUACAUUAAAUAUCCCAAGGACUUAAAUAGGCCCGUCAAGUGCUCGAUGUGCAAGAAAACGGUUUGUUUGAAAGCUAAUGCCGAGUUGUUAAAGAAAUGUGAAAUGCUUUACAAGGAAGGCGCAAUGUUCAUGGAUGCCCAGAAAAUACCCGAAGCAAUUGAAAAAUUCAAAAUUGGAUUAAACUUGUUCUAUAAAGUUGCAUUGCCACCACAUAGGGACACACAUAUCGCACAAGAAUCAUUACGAACUUGUUAUGCAGACAAUGGAAAUACUUACGUUAUGUAGAAAAAUUACAAAAGAAAAGUUUUAACAAUUUUUUUUUAUUUAACUUAAUCAUUAAUAUCUUUAAAGUAGUAAAAAAAAUUGACAAUGUUUGAGCAAAGUUGGUUUGUUUUGGCACUUUUUAACUUAUUUUUUACAAUUUUACUUUCACUUCUUCAAUAAUGCGAGGACUUUCACUGCCGACGGAGCUGCCUUCACCGCCAUCCGUUAUCGCGGCUCUUGUAUUGUCUUCAACUUGUGGCUGAGUGAGAGUUCUGCCACGCAAACUUAUUUGGAUCGUC